CAGAAGCAGUAAAAAAGUUGAGAAUGGCGUCUGCAGCUACUAGUUCCAUGAAGUUGAACUUGAAGGGUUUUAAGAGUAUUCCGAGAUUUUGUUCAUUAAUAUCAAGGAGUAUUAGUAUUAGCCAAUCAAAUGAAGCCAAUGAAGGAUGGUGGAAUAAGUUUCUUCAUGUCAGAACAAUUGACCCAGGAAAGGAUUCCCAUUCUAGACUUUUAUCUGAUUCUGAUUUAGUCUAUGAACUUCAAAUUCAUGACAUCAAGCCGUGCUCUACUGAACUGUAUUUAAAAGGCUAUGAGCAUUGGGUUCAUAAUGUACAGGAGAAAAUUAAAGACACUUCUUUGGUAGGAAGCUGGAAAGUUUUAGUUGGAGAUCAGGACCAGUUAGUACAUAUUUGGCGGUAUAACGAUUAUACUGCUGCCAACAGAGCCAUGGAAAUGUACUGUACAGAUCCAGAGCUUCAGAAACUUCAAAAAGAUCGAGUGAAACUUAUACGUAGUCAAGAAAACCAACUUAUGCUAGCCUUUAGUUUCUGGGGCCACCCAAUAGCACAAAAAUGGGACUGCAAUUAUGAAAUGAGGUCUUACAUUUUAAAGCCAGGAACUAUGAUUGAAUGGGGAAACAUAUGGGCAAGAGCCAUCACAUACAGGAAAAAAAAUCAUGCUGUUGCUGGAUUUUUCUCACAGAUAGGACAAUUGUAUAUGGUACAUCAUAUAUGGGGUUAUAAAGAUCUACAAGUACGAAAGGAAGUGAGAGAAGAAGUGUGGAGGAACCCAGGAUGGGAUGAAUGUGUUGCUCACACUGUCCCACUCAUCAGAGAAAUGAGAUCACGUUGGCUGACUCCAAACUCCUUCUCACCAAUCCUGUAGAAGUUUAAUAUUUCAGUGAAGAAUCCAUGAGAUUAUUAAUAUUGUUAACUGGAUUUUUGAUGUUUCAACCUAAGCACUUUUAAUAUUGAUUCCAGGUCAGAAGUUAAAAACAUUUUGAAUUUGAAAUAUUUUAUUUUAAUCAUUUAUAGGAAGGAAGAAAUAUUCACUAUUACCAAAUAUUUUUAUUUCUUAGAAUAUUUCAUCUUUUGAUCUCUGAUCUAAUGAAAAACCAUUUUUAAGGUUUUCCAAGAUUUGCAGAGAUAUAAUCUGUCAACAGUUUUUGCAUAAAAAUCUCUACAUUGAAUUAAAAGGAAACUUGAUGCUGUUUAACAAAACUUCUUUAUUAACUUUUAAUCUCUUUAUACCAUUAAUGUUGCAAAAAUACCACAACUGUACCAAAAUAGUAAUUUGUAGUCAAAAUCAACCCAUUAUGAAGAUGAUAGCUAAAAGUGAAAGAAAAUGAAGUUUGUAUAUUGAAAAAGAAAGUUUCAAUGUUUACAAAUUACUAUUAGAGUGAGACUUGUUUUAUUCUAAAGUGUCAGUGAUGUAAUUUUAACAAACGUUGUCACUUCUAGAAAUCUUUUGGCUACUGAUAAUAGAGAUAGGAAAUAUAAUUAAAACAGAUUUAGUCGUAAAAAAGGAAGGAAGUUUACAAUAUUUUGGGAUGUUAUCACUUAAGAAUAUUCACAAGAUAAUUUCAGUUACAAAUGUAUGAGAGUGGCUUGUUUUGACUGAGUAUUUCUACCAUGUAAUAUAUUUUAAAUAGAGAAUAGUAUAAAAAGUAAUCACAUGUUUAGGCUUCUAGAUUAAUUAAUAAAUUUAUGAAAUGUAUGUACAUCUCAAGCAUGGUAAAAUGAAAGGAUGGUAUUUUUUGUACAAUAAUUAUGAAUAUGUGUAAUUAUGGAAACUACAACUUACAGUUGAACCACACUGAUAAAGAGACAAAGUUUUUGGAUAUCAAGGACAGUCUACUUCUUUGAAUUUAAGUUUUUGUCACAAUGAAAUAAUAGCUUGAAGUAUUAAUCAUACUCUUAUACAAUAAAACUAUACAAUUUUUUAAGUAGAAUUACUUGACAUACAAUAUUACUUUUUAUAGUUUUUUAUUUUAAAAAAUAGUGCAUCAAUAUGUUUGAAUAAUGUUGUUAAAAAGUAUUACUAAAUGUAUUAUUAGUAUAGGUUUGUUUUCCAAACAUUAUUUGUCUCACUUUUGUUUUUUGGGUUGUGGCACAUGUCAGUGCAUCCUACAUGUUUUUCAUUAAUCAUUGCAACUGUCUAGUAGAAAUGUGUAGUGUUUUUUUGCCAUGGUCAUAUGUUGCUACCAUACUUUGUUUCCUUACAACAUAUUAGUUUUAAUAAGUACUUUUGUGGGAGUGUUAAUUUAAACUUUCAGAUGCAACUUCCUUUUUAUGCAUGUUUCUUGUGUCAUCAGGACAUUGAAACAUGGCAAGGCAAUUUUGAAUUAAUCCUAUUUCCAGAGAAAAGUUAUGGUCUGGUAUAACUAAUGCUUUUUCAAUAGAAUAUUGAACUCUUUCAUAUUACCUGAGAAAUAAUUAAUGGCAGAAAUUAGGCUAAUUUUUGUGAAUGUAUUAUUAAAUAGUACGUAAAGUGAGUUUUAAAGACACUUUCUUCAUUCAAUUAUUAUUAUUAUUGUUUUUACUCAGAUUUUUCUAUUAAAUGCAAGGUUCACAAAAAUCUAAAAACAUUUAAGGUAGUAGGUUGUAAUACAAAACCUUGACUUUGAUAGCCAGUUGGAACAGUGUAUAGCAUUAUUUUUUCUCUGAGAUACAUACAAAAUGAAAUAUUCCAGUAAGAAGUGGGAAUGACGUUGUCCUCAAAAUAAAAAGUUGUUAUAGGCAAAUACUGUUUAAUAGUUCUUGAUGCAUGUGUGGAUAUCUUAAUUAUGUAAAAUAACAUAGAUCAAUGUGAGCAUCUUAAUACUGCUUAGUAGUUGUUGAUACAUGGGUAUCUUGACUAUGGGUAAUAAUAUAGACCAGUGUGGACAUCUUACUGUUGGUGUGAAUGUGCUUUGUGUGUAACAACUGAUCAGUGUGGGAAUCUUGUGUGUAAUAACAUAUAUCAGUGGAGGCAUCUUACUGUGUAUAAUGACAUAGAUCAGUGUAGGCAUCUUACUUAAUGUGUAUAAUGACAUAGAUCAGUGUAGGCAUCUUACUUAAUGUGUAUAAUGACAUAUAUCAGUGUAGGCAGCUUACUUAAUGUGUAUAAUGACAUAGAUCAGUGUAGGCAUCUUACUUAACAUAUAUCAGUGUGGGCAGCUUAUUAUGUAUAAUAACAUAUAUUAGUGUAGGCAUCUUACUGUGUAUAAUGACAUAGAUCAUUUUAGGCGUCUUACUUAACAUGUAUAUUAGUGUAGGCAUCUUACUUAAUGUGUAUAAUGACAUAGAUCAGUGUAGGCAUCUUACUUAACAUAUAUCAGUGUGGGCAGCUUAUUAUGUAUAAUAACAUAUAUCAGUGUAGGCAGCUUACUUAAUGUGUAUAAUGACAUAGAUCAGUGUAGGCAGCUUACUUAACAUAUAUCAGUGUGGGCAGCUUACUGUGUGUAAUAACACAGAUCAGUGUAGCACUUUAUUAUGUGUAAUGACAUAGCUAAGUGUAGGUAGACUAUUGUGUGUAAUAACAAAGA